AUGUAUUCUUCCAUUGUGAACUAUUUGAUUUUAUUGGCCUUGACGUACUUAGUUCUUGCGCUCAUCAGGAACAUUGUGACGCUGCUGGAGCUCUUUCGCAUGCGUCGUUCAAUCCUGAAGGGGCGAUCACCCAUCACCAUUCCAUUUACGGUAUUCACCACACGUCCGGUGAAUGAGGCGGUACGGGCGCAAUUGGCAAACAGGGCGGCCUCGUUGCGUGGGUCAUCGGUAGUGCACGGUCUCAAGUUACCGCUGCAACUCUGCCCUACUCCCCAUGCACAUGUUCAAUUAAAACUUAGUAAUCCUACGACUGUGUUUCCCACCGAAACUGCAUCCCCUGUGUUCCCCCCUAAGAACAACGUCAGCGACCACGAUAGCCUUUCGUCGCGUCGUGAGAAGUCAGCGUCGCAGCUCUUACACUCUGGUGGUUGUGGCAGUCAGGAAGCGGCGUGUCAUGGCAGUGGAAGCGCAAUGAAAAAUGGUACGUUACUACCCAGUGACACACACUCACGACGUGUGUGUCACUUCAGCUGCGACGCUUCCGAGCACCGCGCUGGGCGUCCACUUGGUGAAGCUGGCGGCAGGCAUUGCAAACGGGGAGGGAGUAGUGCUGUGGCGCCCUGGAUGGCCCGCUCUCAGUUUUCGCUUCAUUUCCGGCUGAAAACAGCGGUGCGAGUCAAGGCUUUGUGGCUUCGACGCAUCCGGGCAAAGAAGAAGUUGGGAGAAAAGGUUAGAAAAAAAUAUCCUCUUACAUUUUCUGAAUUGCAUUCUAUUGCCGAUAGCUUGACAGUUGAAGAGACGAACCCGAGCACACCGGCGACAGAGGGCGACAGUGAGAGCUGCAAUUUAGCUACGUAUCUGCGCUGUGCGUAUCUAUUUGGUGCGGACAGUGCAGACAUCAUGCGGGCCGUUACUGUGGACACCACAUGCACGUUUGGAUCCGGCUCGCACUCUUAUCAUUGCUACUACACCGCCGAGGAUGAGGAAAAGUGCGUCCAGUCGCGGGCGCAGCUUGACUGGCACAAUCGACCGUGGCUGGGUUCACGUUUUGGGGGUGGCGACCACAUACCAUUAAUGUCGUCGUCAGUGGCUUGCCACGAUGACUCUGUGACGCACACUAGUCUCCCAUUGCAGCGCCAAAAUCAACGUGCCAUGUUCAACUCCACGACAUCAGUUGGGGAUAUGUUGUGCUCACACAGGUCACUUGACUCGUACUCAAUGAUGCUCGAGCAAGCACGCUCGUGUGGCCGCAGCAUGAAGUCUAACGUGGUGACGGAAACCUUUGUGGAUGUCUCUGAGAGGAUGCAUGUGACCAAUGAAAGCAGCACAUGUGAGCGCGGAGGACAGGAGGAAAGCAAAGAUGCCGAAAUAAAUGAAAUGACGUCGUCGACAGAUUCAUAUGAAGCACGCAAAACGACAGAGUCCACUGACGAUCACAGGUUUGCUACGGCGGUUUCUGCAGCUGCUUCGGUAUUGUCUGCACCGUCAUCCUCAUCAUCUUGGAAAGAGACCUCUUCGAACGACAAAGCCAACACAUUAGAUUUAUCGAAUAGUCAAGGUGCCACACUUUGUACAGAGCCGCAGCCGAUGACCGGCGUUGCUUCCGGUACCGAUUCUGCUUCUGUUUUUGCUGCUCCUGCCGAAGAGACGGAGAUCACCUCAACUCAAACGGAGGGUGCAACUACUAUGCGCGACCCUCCCAACGACACGCAUACCUCUGCGGGCCAUGUUCCCGAGGUUAGUGAAAACGCUAACGUGACAAAACCUUCACUAAGGAUUCUUACUGGCCGACUGCAGGAAUCUGUGGACAUUUUGCCAACAGAGCCGCUGCAAGAUCCCACCGUUCCUAUGUUGUACGAGGGAUCCAUAUCUAUUGCUCCGGAUAUCCUGAAGUUGGAUACAAAGGCAAUUGCUUCCACCGCGACGGCGUCAACUUCUUUACCGGAGUCUCUGCAGGUGGAUGUUGUGGAUCUUGUCCUUUCAACUAUCCAGACGUGUUGCCUGGAAAACUCCACAUCCGCGUCAGGUGGAGAAGUGAACGUGGUGAGCGGCCGCGGUGGAGGAGGAGGAGAAGGGGGAAGUGACGCAUAUGGAGAACGGGUGGCGAUGAAGCGAAAGACGUGGGGUGGAACGAGUGGUCAAGACAGCGAACACAAGGAGCAACAAAACGACACAAAUGUGGCUUGCAGACAACCACUGGCGUUUGCUCUCAUGUUGUACAGACAAAAACCAAGAGGAAAGCGCUGCACUGUGCGUGGCAAACGGCAAGCAGCAAGUAAAAGUAAACAACUGGAAACAGAGUUAUUUAUAUGUGUGUAUUCCACCACCAACUCUAUGGAAAAUACGGCAUCACCACCUUUAAGGGCAGGAACAUCAAGAGGGCCACCUCGUCAGGAGUCAUUUAGCCCGCAUGGGUCGACGAAUACGAAUGUUUACCGUGAGAUGGGUAGCACAUACUCUUCGUCCACUGCAGAGGAAAUGCAAAACUUUUCCAGGCAACGGCGGCGGGGCUUACCUACACCAGAACACCUUCCUGCCUUCAUGGAGGAUUCGCGAAGUGGACGUGGAGCAGUGAUGCCGCUGACGCUGCAGUAUGUACGCAUUGGAAAUGAUCUCUAUGCCGUUACAGAGGUUUUAGAUCGCACCUUUGUGCAAUACAGAGAGGAGCGGGCUCUUUUGGGACGCGACGGCGGUACUGAAUCUUCUUUUGAUGUCUCUGGUACUGCAACCGGUGAGAAGGCCGCUGUCGGAAAAGUUGGACGGCUGUCCUCGUAUUCCGUGGGCGCCGCAUCAUACUCGCUUGCAUCGUCACCGCAAAUGGGUGUGCGUCAUCAGAUGGUGCGCAUGUGUUGGCUAUGUUUGCGCACGGAGGCCAACAUUGUUCUUUUGCCAUGUGGGCAUUUUCUUCUUUGCCGUGCCUGCGCGGAUAAUUUGACUCACUGCUGCAUUUGUCAUAGCGUCAUUCAUGCCACCGUUUUAUUACAUGAGGGCACCACAAGCGAAACUGAGGUGUGA